CCUCACGUGACCCCGGGGUGAGCCAGCGGGAAGUGGAGUCUCCGAGGCGGCGCCGCAGGGGGACGGAGCUUCUUCCGCAGCGGCAGACCGUCUCCUGAGCACCAGCGCCAUGAACGGAAUACGGGGGCCCUCUCGGCCGCUCUUCUGGGGCGCUGCCGCCUGCCUGGCCGCGCUUUGCGUGCUGAGCGCGGCUCAAACCUCUCCCCACACGGCCAACUUAAAUGAGUCCACGUCGCUACAACCGCCGCUCACGACGAAAUCCACUCCCGAAAACACGACCAGUCACCCUUCCGAAGUCACGACGCUUACUCCCAAGCCCAAGACGACGGUCACUCCAAACCCCAAGACGGAUCCCACCACGACCCAACCUCCGGCACCAGAAAGCUGUGAAGUACACACUAACUGCACUUCCUGUGUUGAGAGCAAAAAUACCACAUGCUUUUGGACAGUUUGCAAUGGAAGUGGCUACUGUUCAGAAAAUGCAACAGCUCCAAAUUGUACUGUAGUUAACAUCUCAAGUAACUGUUUAGUGGAACCUACUAGCAGUCCAUCUCCAACUAAUUCUACAGCUAAACCUUCUCCUCCAGUCUCAACUGUUCCAGCUGUCACCACAGUUGUCACAUCAGGUGUACCGAAUACUACUGUGAUUCCUACCCCUUCUACAAGAAAAUCUACUUUUGAUGCAGCUAGUUUCAUUGGAGGAAUUGUUCUUGUGCUGAGUAUACAGGCUGUAGUUUUCUUUCUCUAUAAAUUCUGCAAGUCCAAAGAACGAAACUACCAUACUCUUUAAGACACGACAUUAUAACAUGGACUAGUAGUUUAUGUGUGUAGUUUAUUGAAACCAAAAUAUUAUCUUUUGAGAUGUCCUACAUGGAAGACAGUGUUUCAAAUCUUUAAAUCUCCAAAGGAUGCAUAGUAGGAUAUUUUGGAGCAUCUUCCUUGAAGAAAAAGCAAUUCAAUCACUUGUACUCAACAGGAAAACUUAAAAUUAUUCUGCAUGAAUCCUUGUGGCUAUCUUAUUUUAAGUGGCUGCUGCUGUGGGAUUUUUUUUUCUUCUCUUAACUAUAACAUCCCUAAUAUAGAUUUAAAAAAAAAAUUGGUGGAUUUACUGUCCUGCGCUGAUAAUUUCAUAACUGUCAGCGAUUUAAAUUUAGUCAUUUUUAAGCUUGAAAACUGCAUUAUUCCUGUUUUCACUCAGGAUGUAUGUUCAUAGACUAAAUUGCGAAAAGAACGUGCCAAAUGAUGAGUUACAGAUUUUUGACUAUUGGUUCAAAAGUGGAGCUAAUUGUGGGAAAACAAUACUCUUACUGUAUAUCCUUGAAGUGGAAUUUAGUGCUCGACAAACUUCUAUUUUUUUUUUUUUCUACAUUAGAAAUAAGAUGCCAUGCAGGAAGUUACAUUCCAGAUUUAAUGCAAAGGGUACAAAAUAUAAAUAUGUAGCAGGUAUUGUCCUUUCUUUAAAAGCACCUUAUCAUUGGGAAAAUAAAUAACUGUGCCUUAAAGACAAGACAAAAACAAGGUAGUGUAACCUUAAAUGUUUAUGUGAUUUCUCAUUUUUUCAUUAAGAAAGGUAAUUUGGGUUUAAUUUUCUGAUCAGUAAUGCAUACUUAAAUUUGGUAGAAACUCAGCAACAUACUAUUAUGUAAUUUAUAAGUCUCAGUUACUUAUUUUUGAAACAAGGAAUGUUGUAGGAAGUUAAAAGCAUUCAUAAGUUAAAUUCUUCAUUAUUUUUGUGUGUAUCUGCUAAAAUAUUUUGAUGAGAUUUUAUUUUUAAAGGUACAGAUAAUUUCAGGAAAAUUUUCAGCAUAACUUGCUUUACAUUUAUUUAAUAAAAGUCAUUGUAUGUAGCCUCUGUACCUUUUAAGCAUUCCAAUUAAGCUUUCAUAGAAAUUUUAAAUUUGCUUUAUAAGGCAAGGAAGACAAGUAGUAAAGUUUGGAAAUCAUUUUCAAGUUCAUUCCUUAUUAAAAAGAGACAAUCAGAGUUUUCAGACAGCAGAUAUGAUUGGUGAAAUUUCAGGAAAUGACAGUUUUUUUUCUGUUGGAGCAGAUUCUUAUAAGUCUUAAAAUUGUUUUCGUGAUUUCCCUUAAAAUUAUUAUUUUUUUAAAUCUUUGUACCUGUAAGGAAACAUAUACUUGAGAAUACAUCUUUAAUCAAAUACUAUUUUUUUCAAUCUCCGAACAAAUUAGUGUUUUUAAUAAUGGUUUUCCUUACAGUCUUUUUCUCCAUUGAUACUCAAUUGUAUUUAGCCAGUAAGAGGCUUAAAAUAGGUUGGGGUUUUUUUCCUAGUUCAUUCUUACACUUGUCAUUUGGUCCUUGGUGGCUUGUUUCUAGCAUUACCUGCAGCAGCAGAUGGUAUUACAUUGAUUUUUUUUUUUUUUUUUUGGUUGGGGGUGAUAGAACAACUGAAAACCCUUGCUCCAAUUAAUUGAAUUACAUUAAAGGUUUUAAAAUGAAGUUUUACUGUUUUCUGUGUUACUUGCUGGUACAGAUGUUUGUUUUACUUGCACAUUUGUAUGCCUAACUUGAUCAAGUGCCUUAAUCGUUUGAAAUUUCUGGUUUCAAAGAUUUUUUUGAAGGGAAAAGUUAGACUGGUAUACCUGACUAAAUUAUGGCUUUGAUGUCAUGAGUAGAAACCAAAUACAUUGGGAAAAUCUAGGUUUUGGGAUCCAUGAGCGUCAGAAUUUUAUUCAAGUGCUAUUAAUGAGAAAAUGUGAUAUACUUCCAUGUGUACACUGGAGAAGGGAGUAAAAAUUAGCAGGAACCAUGGGUACUUGUUAUUUCUAAAACCUCUUAAAACUCUUGCCUAAAAAUUUUGGCUUUGCCACAUAAUUUAUCAGUGCUAAAUGUAGCAGCUUAAUAAAACUAGUUUGGUUUGAAGGACUUGAACUCUUAUUCUGGGUACUGCUUUGAUUAUUAAGAAACUGUGCAAAAGUUAGUUUACAAAAUAGCUCUUAGUAUAGAGCUUUGCCUUUCUAAAAUCAAUUUCCCUCUCCAUGUAAUAAUGGUUAAGUAUUUUAUUGAGUCAUCAUGACUUUGUAAUUUUUUUUUAAUUUAUAAGAUAUGCAGUGACCUUUUCAGACUUUGGUUGUGUUCCUAAAGCCAAUUCGAAAAAUGUUUUCUUUCCCAUGAAACCUUGUACUUUACAGUUGUUUGUUGCAUAGGCAGAUUGCUGUAUUUUGAAUUUCAAUUUUCAUGUUUUUGGUGAAGACAAUGAUAAAUCAAUCUGUAAUCAUGACCCGACUGACUUAAAAUAAAUUCACAUGUUGAAUUAA